CGAUGCCCAGAGUUGAGGAGGAGACAAGGCUGGACGACGUGAGGGUCGAAAUUGCUGAGUAAUGGUCUCGACGAUCGUCCCCUCUGACUGAUGAUGUGUAGGGCAUCAAUGUCAGACGAGAAGAGCUUGCUGACAUUACAAAGAUGGCAACACCCGCCUCAUCUCCGAGCACAGCUCGUGGUCGCCUAGACCUCUCGCAACAAUGCUCGAUCCAUUCACCUGUGCCGCGCUGGCCGCCAUCAUCCUCCUCGGCCUCCUUUACAUUUCAACAUGGCAUCGCUCCGCGCCCCCCAGGUGCCCUCGCUAUCCCCACACAGACCCCAUCUUCGGCUCCGACUUUCAGAAAAAGACCCAAGCAGCGACCGCGCAAGGCCAGCGACAAGCCUGGUUCCGCGCCAACUUCCACUCCCUCGGGCGCACCUUCGAAGUGAAGCAAUGGGGCAAACGCAUCAUCCACACCUGCGACCCGGCGAACGCGCAAUUCAUCCUCUACACGCAGUUUGAGCGCUUUGGUCUCGGGCCUUCACGGAGGCCGUCGCGGCCUUGGCUUGGAGAGGGGAUUUUCACGAUGGAUGGUGAGGUUUGGCGAAAGGCGCGCGAGUUGGUUAAGCCUAUUUUCCUCAAGGAGCAGAUUGCGGAUUUGGCGAGGUUGGAGAGGCAUCUUGCUCGGUUGUUUGGGGAGUUGGAUAAGGCUGGGCAUGUGGUUGAUUUGCAGCCGCUGUUUUUGAGAAUGUAUCUCGACUACUCAAUCGAUCUGUUGUUCGGCGACGACGUCAAUACCAUCAGCGGAGAGUCCGCCAAAAUCGACGCGGACGUCUUUAUCGACGCCUGCGAUCAGUCGCUCCUCCAAGUCGUACGUUCGCAGACACCAUGGCCUCUACGUUGGUACUACGGAUGGACAAAGACAUGGAACCAACCCUUCCAUUUAUCCCAAGCAUUCGUGGACCGACACGUCGACACCGCACUUCAAACCGCGCAAAACAAAGUCCCCAACACCGAGACCUCCUCACCAGCCUUCAUCGACCAGCUCGUGCAGCACACGCGCAGCCCCGACCGUCUCUACCUCCGCAACCAAAUGCUCAACAUCUUCUUCCCCGCGCGCGACGCAGCCGGCAUCGCCAUCAGCCUGAUCAUCUUCUUCCUCGCACGCAAUCCUGCGGUCUACACCCGCGUGCGCACCGAAGUGCAGCAACACACAGGCGGCAGCAGCAAAUCAGUCGACACCCUGACCUACAACGCCGUCAAGCGCCUCACAUACACCAACGCCGUCGUGAACGAGACACUCCGCCUCUACGGCCCAACGGGCCACAUGCACCGCGACGUGCUAGCGGACACUACGCUCCCUCACGGCAGCGGCGCAGAUGGUUCGCAGCCACUAUUCGUGCGCAAGGGCUCUGCCGUGGUGAUCCAUAUGCAUGCCAUCCAACGCGACGCGGCAGCCUGGGGAUCCGACGCCAACGUCUUCCGCCCGGAACGGUGGCUGGAGGCAUCAACGGCGGCGCAGCGGCGCGCUUGGGAGUAUCUGCCUUUUUCUGGAGGCCCGCGGGUUUGCCCUGGGCAGGCUAUGAUGCUUGCGCAGCUUGUAUAUAUUGUUGCAAGGUUUGCGCUGACGUAUAGCGAGAUUAGGAAUGUGGAUGUCGAGGAGGAGUUGGUGGAGGAGCAUCGGAUUUUGAUGAAGAUUCGGAAUGGGGUGCAGGUUAGGCUUGUAGAAUAGGGUCUUUGUUGAUGGAUUCGCUCAGGAUGGGAAUCUCUGGUAUAUUACGACUACGCGGUAAGGGGUAU